AUGGCGGCGGCAGCGCUAGCUGCAGCGGCCACCCUCACGGUUCUGGGCGUGGUGACCGCUUCGUCCAAGACGGCCUUCAACCUCUACCUCAAGCAGCACGAGUCCAGGAGGCUGUUCGGGUUGGACGUGGAGCUGUACUACGUGAAGGAGGGGCGCCGCAACGAGUACGCCCUGGGCUUCGUCGUCCCGGUGCCGGCCAACGUGUCCGAGCUGGAAUUCGUCUGGCAGGGCCUGGGGCCCGUGCCGCUGGCCUAUGCGCUGGACGUGCAGGUGGCCGAGGGCAAGGGCCACGGCGCCCUGGCCAGGCCGUCGCUGGACGUGGACCCCACGGGCACGCUCCCGUCGGCGCCUCGCGCGUUCAGGGUGCGCCUGCCCUGCACGGGCCAGGCCAGCGCAGAGGUGCCCGUCCGAAUCGUGCUCAACGUCUCUCAGGAGAACAACGCCACGUCGGUGUCCGUCCCCCGCAAGAAGAUCUGCGCCCGGAGUGAGCCCUGGCGCAGGGACGUGGCCGCGCCCUCGGGCCCGUCGGUGUCCGCCGCUCCGCGGCCCCUGGUGGUGGCCGCGGGUUGUGCCUGUGCCGCCGUCGCCGCAGCCGCGCUCGCCGCCACCGCCUCGUGGAUGGUACGGGCACGCAAGGCACGCACCGCGCUCGGCACACCCGGGCCCGAGGACGCAGCCUCGUGGCAGCAGGCCUGGCCCGACGGGCCCCUGGAGGACAGCCCGGUGCCCCCGUGGAACACGGCGGCUUUGCCAGAGUCCCCCACGCCUCCCCUCCGCCUGGGUGCCUGCAGUCGGGCCGGGUCCACGGUCGGUGCCGUGUCCCGAUGCUCGUCCCCGUGUCCGGCGGCGCCGGCCCUCGCCGAGCGUCUCGCCGAGAUCGCCGUGGAGAGGCACAAGGUGACGCUGCUUGAGACGCUACACCAAGGUACGUUCGGUCAGGUGCACCAUGGCCUCCUCAUCGAAGAUUGGGCUGAAGUGGGCACCGAGCAGAACGUCAUCGUCAAGACUGUCACCCGUGAGUAA